AUGAACAACACAGCCCCAAAAGACCUCCAAUCCCUCCCCGAAAUCUACUGCCGCGCCUGGGCCGCCCGCGACCCCCAACCCCUCCUAGACCUCUUCACAAAAGACUCCUUCAUGACCGACCACGGCGCCCAGAUCCACAUCCCCUUUGCCUUUCUCGAACGUCACCACAAGCACUGGAACGGCGCGCACAAGGACUUUGAAGUCUACCUCGACAAGCAGUACCCCGUCUACUGGGCCGAGACGGACGCACAAGGCAAUGGGUACUGCAGCUUCCGGACCGUCAAUAAGGGCGUCUUUGUCAACGACUUGGGGAGGCGCAAGGCAACUGGGUUGCCGUUUGAGUACUCGGGCGUCAUUGACCUCAAGUUGAGAGGGGGCAAGAUUGCGCAGGCGGAUGAGUGGUUGAGGGUGCCUUUUGAGGAUAGCGUCUCGCCUGAUAAGUACAUAACGAUUUCGGAGGAGAGUUUGAAAAAGGUGAUGAGGAAGGACCUCCACCAAGAGGGUUGA